AUGUACCCACAGGAAAACCUUUCCCACGGAGGCGCGGCCCGAGGGGGUAAAUCUAAGAACAAGAAACGCAAUAAGAAGAAAAAAUCCCAACAGGAUUUAGAAGGCCCAAAGGAUGACAACAAAAGUCUGCGAAAGGAAAACAAGAGUCUUCGGGAUGAGAACAGGACAAUCCUGGAUCAAAACAAGAGACUCCAGGAUGAAAACAAGAGACACCAUGAUGAGAAGACUUUACUUACCCAGGAACUGACCAAUAUAAACACACAACUGACGGACUGUCGCCAACAGUGUGACCAGCUGAGGGGCCAGAACGAAGACAUGUUACAGCGAUACAGUCAAGUUCUCUCGAACCAAAUAAUGAAUAACAAUCCUUCCAUCCAAGAUCUGAACUACCGUGAUCAACCACGACAGAUUGCGGAGACUUUCCGUGCAGAGUUGUAUAACAAACAAUGGGGCGAUGCCUUUGAUGUUCUGGACACGAAACUCCCCUCAGAGAGGGACCAGUUGGAGAUCCUUAGGGACCUCUGUAGGUAUCUAUACACCUUUCCAACGGUGUUUGAGGACCUCAAUGCCACUUUUAUAGUUCUCCUUUUCUUUGCUGUUCGAAAGUCAUCCGCUGCAUGUAUAUUGUCAUCAUUGAACUGA